UAGAUACAGAGAGAGAGAGAGAGAGAGGGGUUGCGUGAGUGAGUGUAUGUAUAGGGGAGACGUUGGUUGACGCUCCUUGAUUCUCGCUGCUCAGUCGCCUCUCCUUGUCUUGCUUCUUCCCCUUUUCUUUCUCACUUCUUUUCUUUUCCUCUUUUCUGUCGAGGGAAUUCUCUCCCGAUUUAUUUGCUUAUUGGAGGAUCCUGAUCCCUGUUAUCGCAAGAAUUGGAGAAAACAUAUUAAACCAAAAUGACGACAUUUACGCCCAAGAAUAUCCUCAUUACGGGGGCUGCUGGAUUUAUUGCUUCUCAUGUUGCAAAUAGGCUUAUCAGAAACUACCCACACUACAAGAUUGUUGUGCUCGACAAACUUGAUUACUGUUCCAAUCUUAAGAACCUCAUUCCUUCUAAAUCUUCUCCUAACUUCAAGUUUGUCAAGGGAGACAUUGACAGUGCCGACCUUGUCAACUACCUUCUCAUUACUGAGAACAUUGACACUAUAAUGCACUUUGCAGCACAGACCCACGUUGACAAUUCUUUUGGUAACAGUUUUGAGUUUACCAAGAACAACAUCUAUGGGACCCAUGUUCUUUUGGAGGCAUGCAAAGUUACUGGGCAGAUUAGGAGGUUUAUUCAUGUUAGCACGGAUGAGGUCUAUGGAGAGACAGAUGAGGAUGCUGUAGUAGGAAAUCAUGAGGCCUCACAACUCCUUCCCACAAAUCCUUACUCCGCAACAAAAGCUGGGGCUGAAAUGCUUGUUAUGGCUUAUGCUAGAUCUUAUGGGUUGCCUGUAAUUACCACCCGAGGAAACAAUGUUUAUGGUCCCAAUCAGUUCCCUGAAAAGUUAAUUCCCAAGUUCAUCCUUUUAGCAAUGCAAGGGAAAAUUCUCCCAAUUCAUGGUGAUGGUACCAAUGUGCGAAGUUACCUUUACUGUGAGGAUGUUGCUGAGGCCUUUGAGGUCAUUCUUCACAAGGGAGAAGUUGGACAUGUUUACAACAUUGGGACAAAGAGGGAAAGGAGAGUUAUUGAUGUUGCCAAAGACAUAUGCAAACUGUUCAAAAUGGAUCCUGAAUCGAGCAUUCAGUUUGUGGAGAACAGACCAUUUAAUGAUCAGAGGUAUUUCCUUGAUGACGAGAAGCUGAAGAAUUUGGGCUGGUCCGAAAGGACCAUAUGGGAAGAGGGGCUGAAAAAGACCAUAGAGUGGUAUACCAACAAUCCUAACUGGUGGGGCGAUGUAUCUGGUGCAUUGCUUCCUCAUCCUAGAAUGCUGAUGAUGCCUGGUGGAAUCGAGAGGCAUUUUGAUGGAGCCGAGAACUAUGGAUCUGGUAAAUCUGAAUUCACUGGAAAUUCUAAUCAGUCCAAAAUGUUGGUACCUCCUUCCAGAAGCAGCCCCUCACCACAAAAACCAGCCUUCAAGUUCUUGAUUUAUGGUAGGACCGGGUGGAUUGGUGGUUUGCUUGGAAAAUUGUGUGAGAAGCAGGGGAUUACCUAUGAAUAUGGAAAGGGUCGUCUUGAGGAUCGGUCACAGCUUGUAGCAGACAUCCUUGCUAUUAAGCCAACACAUGUUUUUAAUGCAGCUGGUGUAACCGGUAGGCCUAAUGUUGAUUGGUGUGAGAGUCACAAGACUGAAACAAUUCGUACCAAUGUUGCCGGUACGCUGAACUUGGCGGAUGUAUGCAGAGAGCAUGGGCUCCUCAUGAUGAACUUUGCCACCGGGUGCAUAUUUGAAUAUGAUGCUGCACACCCUGAAGGUUCUGGCAUUGGGUUUAAGGAGGAAGACAAGCCCAAUUUCACUGGGUCUUUCUACUCAAAGACCAAAGCUAUGGUGGAAGAGCUCUUGAAAGAAUAUGACAAUGUUUGCACUCUCAGAGUUCGGAUGCCAAUAUCUUCCGACCUGAACAACCCACGCAACUUUAUCACCAAGAUUUCAAGGUAUAAUAAAGUGGUUAACAUCCCCAACAGCAUGACAAUCUUGGAUGAGCUUCUUCCGAUUUCAAUUGAGAUGGCCAAGCGAAACCUUAGGGGCAUUUGGAACUUCACCAACCCUGGCGUCGUCAGCCACAAUGAGAUAUUGGAGAUGUACAAGAAAUAUAUCGACCCAGAUUUCAAGUGGGCUAACUUCACUCUUGAAGAGCAAGCAAAGGUCAUAGUUGCUCCUAGAAGUAACAAUGAAAUGGAUGCCUCUAAGUUGAAGAAAGAGUUCCCUGAGUUGCUCUCAAUCAAGGAUUCGCUGAUCAAGUACGUAUUUGAACCCAACCGCAAAGCCCCUGCUAAGUAACUAAGUAGUUUCAGUGUCUGUCAACCCAUUGGCAGCUGUUCUGCUAAAGGCGUUGUAGCUCCAUCACUCUAUAUGUUAGUUUCAUUCGCCCCAUGCUCAGCUUCAGAUUCCGCUGAAGCUCAUUUUUUCAUUGUUGCUCUCUUUUUAAGUUUUGCAGUAUUAUAAACAUGCUAUGGUUGAGGGAGAUGGUUCUUCAGGAAGUUGCAACUCUGUAUAUGUGUUUAGUCUGUGAAAAGCACCUCCGUAUAUGUAUAUGUUGCUCGUGAAUGUCUCUCCUUCGAUGCUAAAUGAAUUAUAUGGAUCUUGUACUCCUUGUACACGUA